AUGCACGCACUUUUAGAAGCCGGGGGUCAGGGCACUCGGGCACCAGUCGACCCGCAGGAGGGACCUUCCAAAGGUCCAGCGAGCUCGAACCAACCCCACCUUAGGUACCCAGAUAUACAGAUGUUGCCUUCGGAUAUGAUGAUGUCCACGGACAUCCAGCUGCCCACGAGUUCUAUGGUACCCGGACUCGUGUGGAGCGAGGACGCGGAUCAGGUUGACCAAGGUCCCCUGAAUCCUGCGAGGUUGCAGCUCGGAUUGACUUUGUGUCACCGAGACUUGCGAGGACGUGUCACCAAUGGUGAUGCGAGGGGAAUUGACGGAUAUCAGGAAUUGACGGAAACAAAGGGGUACACCUAA